UUGAACGGAUCAAUCUGUCUAGAGGCUUUCAAUAGUGAAUUUGCAUAUAUCAUGGGAGGACACGUGGUUAUUGGUCUGAUUGGGAUCCUGGCUUUGGCUCAUGGAACAAUUGCUGAAGAUUUGGGAACAUGCAAUGCUCAUGUCACGCAAUCCUGUUCUGAAAUUGGUUCGGAAUGGAACGCCGGGCCCUGUAAUGCUCUCUUUGGAGGAUUUCGUGGGAACUCCAACAGUCUUCAUCAGCUCAUGGUCACUCAAUUUCAAGAUAGUUUUAAACUCCUGGCUAUGGGAAGUUAUUUCAGCUCUGACGAGGUGAACCGUUUGGGAAUCCAUAAAACUGUUGUUGCUCAGUCCGAUAAACAUUGGAGCAACGGAAAAGCGUUGAUGGAGUACAUUUUGAAGCGAGGAGGACGUAUGGGCACGCAGUUCAAGGUGUCUGACGUGACUAUGGACAAUGUCAAAGGAGAGGUUGAGGCUUUGGGAGCCACUCUGGACAUCUUGAAGAAAGGAGCUGAGCGAACCAAUGCGGCUUACCGACACGCUCUGAACAAGAAGAUGCAUUACGAUGACCCUGGACAAGAUAGCUUCGAUCCGGCUUUGGCCCACUUUUUGGAAGAGGAGUUCUUGGCUUCUUACACGAGUGAGAUCCGAGAAACCGUCGGCCAACUUAACUUGUUGGCCAAGAUUGCCAGAGACGACAAAACUCGCGCUAUGGGUCUCCAUCUUUUUGAUCAGCAUUUGCUGAAGGCUUGAUAAUGGUCAAUGAACCAGUUAAUAGUGAGUGUCUCCAUUUAUUUCUCAGCGAUACAUUUUCAACAUGUCAAUAAAAACUCGAUGUAAAAGUAA